CACGCACGAACAUACUACAUAAAGAGCGGUUGAACCUCGCCCCCGAAAAGAACUUCUCGCUACGGCCCUGCAGGCAGUGCAACUCGUCUUCUGGCCCAAUGGCUUAGCCCAACUCGAAGGAGUUUUUCAGUAAAAAUAUAAACCAAUUGACCCUCUGCUUUUCAUAAAACGAAGGACAGUUUGCUCCAUCUAAGGUGGCAAGUUUUCCCAGAUUGAUACAGAUCAUUGGACAAAUUUCCCCACCACGUGCCAUUUAUAAAUGAAUUCCUGGUAACGAAAAAAGUGUGACAGAAAUCGCAACUAGGUGGCUCGCUAGCCCAAAUAAUGAAAUAGUCGACGCGAAGCAACCGUCAUUGCGAACGUCAUUGCGCAUGCAUUGUUGAUUCCUUACGUAAACACUUUCUGCAAUGGAGGUUCACUGAGCGCGCCCACGUGCUCUGGUGUUAUUCGUCUGCAUGCGCAGCCUCACGUCCGUGCUAAUGCGCAUGCCUUUAAAGGCUUUUUGAAAGCAUUAGGAAUAUGUUUCAAUUAGGUAUAGCAUUUAAUGUUAAUGAUUCAUUCUCUCUGAAUUGGCAAAAAUGUCUGUUACAGUCAGGCAUUAGCCUCCUUUCCUUUCUCUUUAGAGCUUUACAGAAGUGCUUACCGUUAUAAAGACUUUUCUAUUUCUUUCGGUAAUUGCAGUUUUUUAUUUAUUUCAGCGAUGUAUGUCUGCAGUCUCUUUGGCACCACCAAGACGACUGUGCCACAUUUCAUGAAGUAUGCCGUACUGCACAAAAGCAUGAAUAUAUUCUGCAUGAAGUGCCCAAUGGAACAGCACAGAAAAGUGUUCCUAGAGUUCCUUCUCUGAGCUAGUGCUACGAGAUACCAAGGACGAAAAUAGGACUGACGAGAAAACGAAGAUUCCAAAAGGAUUUAUAUGUUUUUGCGUCAUGGAAGCCCUAAGGUGUCAUAGUGCCCUGAGGUGGUGCUGCAUCUCGAGCUACCAGAAGGCAAGUACAAGUGAAGAUAAUGUCGGAGACGUGCCGUGCUCCCCUUUCAUCAUUGCCAAAGGAGAGAACUUUCUGACUGCCGGGGUAUUUACCAUCUGUAUUGAUACCCAUGCUGUGAUUGAAUCCACCACACAGUGCCAGGCAUUCAAGUUGAUGUUCUUUACACACUUCGCCUUUACUAAUGAAUUCCGCAAGGAGGUCAGCCUAAACCUGGAGUUCACACAAAGGGCAGCCGCAGCAGUCAACCCUGACAGAGGGAGCAAGGUCGAGAAGUCAAGGAAUCAGCGCCGCCUCACACCACAAAUGACCAACUUAAUCAAAGCUCUGCGAGACUAUGAAUGCUAAGUGUUACAACGAAAAAUUUGCAGUGUCAUUAUGAAUAUACCGUAUGUACUCGAAUCUAAGCAGAUGUUUUGUUUUUUUUUUCCGAAAAAAACGAUGUGCGAAAG